AACGAGCGAGCGCCAUGGUGAGGAGUGGUUGCGGGUUGCGGGCGAGGCGAAGGCCGUGGCCUGGGUCCGUGCCUGGGCCUAGGCUUAGCCGAGGCCUGCUUUGGGGUCGGGGGCCGGGCGGACGCUGGGUCCGCGCUGAUGCUCGCGCCCCGGCUCCCGUUCCAGGUACUGCUGCACGUGCUGUUCGAGCACGCGGUCGGCUACGCGCUGUUGGCGCUGAAGGAGGUGGAGGAGAUCAGUCUGCUGUUGCCGCAGGUGGAGGAGUGUGUGCUCAGUCUGGGCAAGUUCCACAACAUCGUUCGUCUAGUGGCCUUUUGUCCCUUCGCCUCGUCCCAGGUUGCCUUGGAAAAUGCCAACGCUGUGUCUGAAGGCAUUGUUCAUGAGGAUCUUCGCCUGUUCUUGGAGACACACCUGCCAUCCAAAAAGAAGAAAGUACUCUUGGGAGUUGGGGAUCCCAAGAUUGGUGCUGCUAUACAGGAGGAGUUAGGAUACAACUGCCAGACUGGAGGUGUGAUAGCUGAGAUCCUACGAGGAAUUCGCCUGCACUUCCAUAAUCUGGUGAAGGGUCUGACUGAUCUGUCUGCUUGUAAAGCCCAACUGGGGCUGGGACACAGCUACUCUCGUGCCAAAGUUAAAUUUAAUGUGAACCGGGUGGACAAUAUGAUCAUCCAGUCCAUUAGCCUUCUGGACCAACUGGACAAAGACAUCAAUACUUUCUCUAUGCGGGUCAGGGAGUGGUAUGGCUAUCACUUUCCGGAGCUGGUGAAGAUUGUCAAUGACAAUGCCACAUACUGCCGCCUUGCCCAGUUCAUUGGAAACCGCAAAGAGCUGAAUGAAGACAAGUUAGAGAAGCUGGAGGAGCUGACGAUGGACGGAGCCAAGGCCAAGGCCAUUCUAGAUGCCUCGCGGUCCUCCAUGGGCAUGGACAUAUCUGCCAUCGACUUGAUAAACAUUGAGAGCUUCUCCAGCCGUGUGGUGUCUCUGUCAGAAUACCGCCAGAGCUUACACACUUACCUGCGCUCCAAGAUGAGCCAAGUAGCUCCCAGCCUGUCGGCCCUGAUCGGGGAAGCGGUAGGUGCACGUCUCAUUGCACAUGCUGGCAGCCUCACCAACCUGGCCAAGUAUCCAGCAUCCACAGUGCAGAUCCUUGGGGCUGAAAAGGCCCUGUUCAGAGCCCUAAAAACAAGGGGGAACACUCCCAAAUAUGGACUCAUUUUUCACUCCACCUUCAUUGGCCGAGCAGCUGCCAAGAACAAAGGCCGCAUCUCCAGAUACUUGGCAAACAAAUGCAGUAUUGCCUCACGAAUUGAUUGUUUCUCCGAGGUGCCCACGAGUGUAUUUGGGGAAAAACUUCGAGAGCAAGUCGAGGAGCGGCUGUCCUUCUAUGAGACUGGAGAGAUUCCACGAAAGAAUCUGGAUGUCAUGAAGGAGGCAAUGGUUCAGGCAGAGGAAGCGGCUGUUGAGAUUGCUAGGAAGCUGGAGAAACAGGAGAAGAAACGUUUGAAGAAGGAAAAGAAGCGACUGGCUGCGAUUGCACUCACGGCUUUGGAAAACAGCAGCAGUACUCCUGAGGAGUGUGAGGUCAGUGGGCAGGAGAUGGGUGAAAGACCCAAAAAGAAGAAAAAGCAAAAGCCCCAGGAGGUGCCACAGGAAAAUGGAAUGGAAGACUCAUCUAGCUCUGUUCUCCCUAAACCCAAGAAAAAGAAAUCCUUUUCCAAGGAGGAGUUGGUUAGUAGUGAUCUCGAAGAGACGGCUGUCAGCACAAGUUUCUCCAAGAGGAAGAAAUCUUUCCCCAAAGAGGAACCAGCUAGUGAUCCUGAAGAGGCAGGUAACAGCAGGAGUGUCCCGAAGAAAAAGAAGAAACUUUCUUCAAAGGAGGAGCCAGUCAGCAGUGGACCUGAAGAAGCUGCUAGCAGCAAAAGCAGUAGCUCCAAGAAAAAGAAAAAAUUCAAAAAAACACCCCAAGAUUAGAAUGGACAGUGGACAUUCCCUGGGGGGUAUACCCAAGGUGACUUCCCAAAUAAAAACAAAAAU